UUGGUUGGACAAUUAUGUCAUGGAGCUGACAUUCAGCUUAAAGAUAAGUAUAAUAACACAGCUUUCCAUCGUGCUUGCCAAGUUGCUUGCAAUCCUAUAAUUAAGUUUUUAUUAUCUAAAGGUGCAAAUCCUCAUGAACCAAAUGAUGAACACCUUCCAAUUCAAACAGCAUGCACCAAUGGUGAUGUUGAAACUCUUUAUGAUUUAUUUAGAUAUAACGUCGAUAUUAAUGCAGUGUUCAAAGGAAAUUCAGUCUGUGUUGAGUAA